AUGUCGGCCCCGAAUGUACCUGACGUCGAGAAAGAUCAUGCCGGCAGCGACUCUGUCAACGGCAAAUAUGACCUUCACCAUGACCAUCACAACGAGGAGACUGCUCUCAGGAGAAUCCGGACGGCCGGGAGCAUUUCCAUCACCCCAGAGCUCUUCGAGAAGAUCUACCUCUCUCCUAAGAAUCGAGUUUCCAACAACAUUCGGUCGACCUUUGGUAACCCAACUCCUCUUGCUCUCGUCGGGUUUCUGCUCUCUUUGACUCCUCUAUCAAAUAUCCUUCUAGGAUGGCGAGGAGCCGGCGGACUUGGUGCGGCUGAAGUUGGCGUCUACUACUUCUUCGGUGGUCUGCUCAUGGUGUUGGGUGCUUUCCUGGAAUUCAUCCUGGGCAAUACCUUCCCCUUCGUCGUCUUCGGCUCCUUUGGCGCUUUCUGGCUUGCGUUUGGAGCGACUCUGACACCAUAUUUCAACGCAUCCAUCGCAUACGACCCGGCACACCCUGCCCAGUCUUCUUCGGACCCGGUGUUCGCUUCUACGUUCGCCUUCUUCCACGUGUACAUGGGAGUUCUGUGCUUUAUUUACUUCAUCAUCGCACUCCGAACCAACCUAGUCUUCGUGCUCAUCUUCGCUCUCCUCGUUGCCGCAUUCGCAUGCCUGGCAGAAUUCUUUUUCCAGAUCGGUGAGGGAAUAGUCAACACCACCAUACAACACUCUGCCGGGGGCAUCACGUUCGCCGUUUGCCUGUUGGGUUGGUACCUCUUCUUUGUGCAACUUCUUGCAGCUGUCGACUUUCCUCUCAACCUCCCUGUAGGCGAUCUCAGCCGAUAUAUCAAGGGUGCGAGCGAGAGGGCCGAGAAGACUGAGUGA